GGCCGUCUCUGUGACGGCCGCCUCAUUCUCGAUUUCCUCUGUGAAAGCUUGAACAGUAGCUACCUUUGCCCAUAUCUGGAAUCUUUAGGCUCAGAUUUCACAAAUGGAGCAAACUUUGCUGUAGCUGGUUCUGCAACUCAACCUAGGAACCAGCCCUUCUCUCUAUUAAUCCAAGUGCUUCAGUUCUUCAGGUUUAAAUCCAGGUCUCUGGAACUCGUUGCUCAAGGUUCGACAAAUUUGGUAAAUGAGGAAGGGUUUAAGAAGGCAAUUUAUAUCAUUGAUAUCGGACAGAAUGACUUGUCUGCUGCCUUCAGUUUGAAUGCUAGUUAUGAUCUAGUCAUUGCAAAAAUCCCCUCAAUUAUUGCAGAGAUAAAAAAUGCUAUUAAGAUGCUGCACGAUACUGGCAGCAGAAACUUUUGGAUACAUAACACAGGACCGUUGGGCUGCUUACCUCAAAAACUAUCCCUCCCUCGAAAAAACGACAGCUUUCUCGACCCUUACGGAUGCCUUUCACCACUAAACAAUGCAGCCAUGGAAUUCAAUUCUCAGCUGAGCCAUCUCUGCGUCGAACUCCGAUCCCAAUACAAGAACGCCACCAUAGUUUACACUGAUAUUUAUUCAAUCAAGUAUGACCUAAUAGCUAAUUCCACUGAAUAUGGAUUUGAGAGCCCUUUGCUGGUUUGCUGUGGGUAUGGAGGGCCACCAUACAACUACAACGCUAAUAUAACCUGUGGGAAUUCUCUGUGUCAAGUAUGCAGUGAAAAAUUGAAGUACAUAAGCUGGGAUGGAGUUCAUUACUCAGAGGCAGCUAAUGCAGUUGUGGCUUCCAAGAUAUUGUCGACAGAAUACUCUGAUCCAAAGCUUAAUUUUGAUUAUUUCUGUAGCUCUUAGGCAAAUGAAAUGAUAUUCAGAGAAGAAGCUGAUGCUUUUCUGUGAGAAACUGAAGGUCCUGUUUUGUUGUUUGGGGGAAUAAGGGAAAUGAGAUUUGUUUGAUAAUUGAGAAUAACUAUGCUUGUUGUUUUAAUUUGCUUAUAUUCAAUUAUGUAGUGUAAUUAGUGUUAUUUUGAAUAAAUAAAUAA